UCGCCUGCAGCAGGAAUCUGAAACAGUCUGAGAGAAAAGAGACGUUCAGUUCAGUUUGAAAAGACUGAAACACUUCGCGUUCAGGUGAAGCUGACGGAAAAACACAACCUCCUGAUUGGCUCCUGCGUCCAGAUGAGUGACUCAGCAUCAAACGUCUCUCAGGUUUCUAAAAAAUCAAAGAUGAGCGGAGAAACUGCGAAGCUUCACGUGGACGGGAUCCCUGCGGACACGCUCCGUGAGGUGCAGAAGUACCUGGAGUCUUUCCACUUGUCUCUGGAGAAGCUGCAGGAAGUUUCCUCUCGGCUGAAGAAGGCUAUGCUCCGAGGUUUAGGGAAACACACGCAUCACAAGGCGUCUGUGAAGAUGCUGCCCACGUUCGUCAGGGCCACGCCGGACGGGACGGAGCGAGGCGACUUCCUGGCGUUGGAUCUCGGUGGAACAAACUUCCGGGUGCUUCACGUGCGAGUGGUGGAGGAGAAGCAGAGCGUGAUGAAGAUGGACAGUCAGAUCUGUACCAUCCCUCAGGAGAUGAUGCUGGGAACCGGAGAACAGCUGUUCGACCACAUCGCCGCCUGCCUCGGAGACUUCCUCCUCUCUCAGAAGCUGAAGGGACAAACUCUUCCUCUGGGAUUCACCUUCUCCUUCCCCUGUGAGCAGAAAGGAAUCGACAAGAGCAUCUUGAUCCGCUGGACCAAAGGCUUCAACUGCUCCGGCGUGGAGGGAAAAGACGUAGUGAAGCUGCUGAAAGACGCCAUCCACAAGAGGGGGGACUACGAGAUCGGCUCUGUUGCCAUGGUGAAUGACACUGUGGGUACAAUGAUGAGCUGCGGCUACAAGGACCAGAGCUGUGAGAUCGGCAUGAUCAUCGGAACGGGAACUAACGCCUGCUACAUGGAGGAGAUGAAGAACGUGAAGCGUGUGGAGGGCGAGGACGGGCGCAUGUGCAUCAACACGGAGUGGGGGGGCUUCGGAGACGGCGGCUCGCUCAAAGACAUCCUGACAGAGUUCGACGUGGAGGUGGACAAGAAGUCCAUCAACCCGGGAGUUCACACCUUCGAGAAGAUGAUCAGUGGGAUGUACUUGGGGGAGAUCGUGCGUCUCCUGCUGGUGAAGAUGACGGAGGACAAGCUGCUGUUUAAAGGACAGACGUCGGAGGCGCUGCGGACUCCGGGAAAAUUCCAGACGAAGUUCAUUUCUGAGAUUGAAGAGGAGGACACCGGCCUGGAAAACGCUAAGAAAAUCCUGACUGAGCUCGGCCUGAAGUGGGACCCGGUCGACGUCCGCGUGGUGCGUCUGGCCUGCGACGCCAUCUCAUCACGCUCGGCUCGUCUCUGCAGCGCCGCCCUGGCCACCAUUGCCAACCAUAUCCGGGUCAACCGUGGGCUGGACCAUCUGAAGACGACCGUGGGGGUGGACGGGACGGUGUACAAGAAACACCCGAACUUCAGUGAUGAGCUCCAGGCGACUGUUCGCCUCCUCGCCCCCGAGUGCAGCAUCACCUUCCUGGUCUCAGAGGACGGCAGUGGGAAGGGUGCUGCCAUGGUAACAGCUGUGGCUCAGCGGCUCGCUCUCCAGUCCCGUCUGUUAGAGGACAGCGACGGGGAGGUCGACGAGGAAGAGGAUGAUGAAGAGGAUGAGUAAGAGCAGAUGUGGAACAGAUGCAGCUGUUAGUGUGAUGGAAACAUGACAAGUUUAUAAUUUAAUAUUAUAUUUUAUCUGAGAUCUACUUUUGUUUACUUUAGAUAAAACAUCAAUAAUUUAAUAUAUUGUGAGAAAAAAAACAGCAAAUACAAAAAAAUACUGAGAAAAUCUCUCCUCAGAAAAAGUCACUGAUGUUGUAAAGUUUGUAAAUUCUCAAAAAAUGUCAACUCUUUACUUCUCUCUCUCGGUAUAAAACCAACAUCCUGGGGUUUUUAUCUAGAUCUCUCUCUUUUUUGUGUCUUCCUGUUAAACACACUGAUGACUCAUCCUUCACUCAGGGACGUUUCCUCAUUCUGCGUCCAAUCAGAACGUUUCUGAAAUGUUUGACUUCCUGCCUGUGAACACAAAUCCUGCAUAUAGGUCAUAAACCAGCCUCCUCCAUGUUAGCGGCUCCUCUUCUUCAUCCUGAGACUUUUGUUUUCUUCCAGUUUCAUGUCCGUUACGUGUUAGAAACCUCAUCAACACAUCCACUCACUCACUGGGAAGUUUCCAGAUGUUUUACCAGGAGGCUGCAGGAGAAGAUCCAGAAAAUGUCCAGAGACGCUGACUCAGACAUUUGUUCUCACAUGCACAACCUGCAGAACACGUCAGGCACACGUCAGGAACAUGUGUCCAGUGUAGGUCAGAGACCAGAUCAAAUGAUAAAUAACUAAUAACUGUGAAUGAGGUAGAUGAACUUGUUUGUUGAAGCUGUUUUUGUGCUCAUGAAUAAAACAAGAAAUGUCUCCAGUAUAAAUAAUGAGUCGAGACAGAAUGUGAAUGAA